AUGGCAUCACCCCACAGAAGUCCAAAAGACUUAAGGAAGAUGAUAAGAGAGACCAAACAGGACAUGGACGAUGUCCACAAGUCUUUAGAGAAACUGCGUGGCCUUUCCCUGGACGAGAGGACGGAGUCAGGGAUGCUGCGGUCAAGGAUAGACGAGCAAUCGAGUUUGAUUUGCAUUUUGAAACAAAGAGCAGACGACAUGCUUCUUCGUUGUCAGGCUCUGGAGAGGAUCAACUCUGAGUUAGAAGACCUGAGAGCAGACGUACAGACCGAACUUGACAAGGAAAAGAAGAGAUCCAUGCAGUUAGAGCAAAGAUUUAUGGAUCUGGCAGCCAACCAUCAGGAGCUGAUACAUUUCAAGGACGAGUACAAAAGACAGAAUGCCAAACUAAAACAGGAGAACGAACGACUUCGGGAAGAGAACGAGAAACUUUUCUCUAAAGACUUACAAGACAAAGAAACAGUUGUUUUGAAACUAACGCAAGAACUGAGAGACCUUGCUGAGCAACAUAGAAGUCUUGAUAAUGAAUAUCAGGGAAAAACAACUGGAUUCAAGACCAAACUUAAAGGGCUCAUGGAUCUCCAUCAAACUAAGGAGGCGUCCUUACAAGAUGAAUUGCAUGAUGCUCAAAGACAGCUGAGCGAUGCAGUGGAGAUGUGCACGGAACUUGAUCAACAGCUUAAAAAAGCAAGAGAAAAUGAUUCAUUGAAAGGGACAGAGAUGCAGAAACAAAUUGAGGUCUUGGCCAAGGAAAAAGACAAAUUCUUGGAUCUCUCGAUGCAAAGGGGGAAACUAAUACAGGAUAAACAGGUGGAAAUCCAGCAGUUGGAGACAAAAAGGCAAGAGGUGGAAAAAAACAGGGCUGCUGCAGAAGAAAGGUUUGAAAGAGAGGCAGCUGUGGUGAACACUAAUUUGAAAGUCAAAGAACUCCAGCAUGCUCUUGAUCAGUCUGUGAACACUUGCAACAAGCUGAAGAAGGAUUUUGACGCCUAUAAAAACCACAGCACCGACCUACUUGAAAAGGAAAAGGAAUUAAAUGCCAAGCUGCGCCAUAUGAUUGGCUAA